AAAACUAUUAAAAAACAAACAAAAAAAAUAAACAGUGUUUUACCGCCACUCUGCUGCCCCCUGCUGGCCGGCUGCAGUAAGACGUCCCGCAGGAAGGCACUCGCAGGGCCAAGUCGUGACGUCAUCCUUCUCUGCGCGCACACCACAUCGGCGACACAAGUGCAGGGAGGAAGAGGAGGAAGAGGAGGAGGAGGAGGGAAGGCCAAGCACUUGUAUAAAGCCCGGGGGUUCGAACAUGAGGGCCACAGUCACUCACUUUCACGCCAGCUCAUGCGCGCGCCUUUUUUCUAACACUUUGCGACACUUGCGUGUUUUUCUACGUCUCCUGUUGGACUAUUUAUUUGUUGGAGAACUUUGCAACCUUUCCAAGAUGGAUGUUUACCUGCGGAUUGUACUUUACUCCUGGCUCUCCAGCACAGUUCUGGCAGCGCCGGCCGGGGAGUCCGCGCCUGCUGCGCAUGUGCGAAACAAGCGCUGCUCCUGCGCCACGUUCUUGGAUAAAGAGUGCGUGUAUUUCUGUCACCUGGACAUCAUAUGGGUCAACACACCUGAGCGAGUGGUGUCCUAUGGCCUGGGCAACGCUCCCAGAAAGAGGCGCUCGGUCAGCGACAGUCGCCCGCGGUGUCGAUGCCAGCAUGAAGGUGACCUCACCUGCACCGACUUCUGCCACAAGCUGGACGACGAUAUCAGUGAGGAGACACCAGCGGUGGUCCAGGGUGCAGAGAGGAGUCACACAAGCCAGACACAAAGGACGAAGAUCCCCCGCGACAGACGGGUGACGCCUCAGUGGCUCAGGGCCGUGUCUAAAACGCGGACCCUUCUGGAAAAAUGGAGACGGAGGGCGAGAACACGGCGGGCGGAAAAGAAAAGCUCCUGAAUACGACACAAAAGAGGACAUUAAAGAUAACGGACCCUUCCAUGUUGGCGAGGCGAACCUGAAGUCAACAUCAUCACCUGUGGCGACUCUGACAAGAAACAUUUCAAAAACUUUUGCAGCAAACCAAAGAAAACCACCACUGCCUCCACCUUAUGGACCAUGAACAUGUAGACUGCCUCCACCUUAUGGACCAUGAACAUGUAGACUGCCUCCACCUUAUGGACCAUGAUCAUGUAGACUAACUCCACCUUAUGGACUAUGAUCAUGUAGACUAACUCCACCUUAUGGACCAUGAUCAUGUAGACUAACUCCACCUUAUGGACCAUGAUCAUGUUGACUGCCUCCACCUUAUGGACUAUGAUCAUGUAGACUA